UUGUGUCCCUUGGGAGGAGAGGGAAUUUCUACCUGCGGAGGUCAGCUGAGAAAACACGUUUACUUGACUGAGUGAAAAAAUCACAGCACCAGAAGAGACGCACGGCAUGAUUGAUCUCAGGCAGCAUUGACUGAAUUAGUUGCAGCUGAAUGAACGUUGACUCCCGACGGUGAGUCUCUCAGACUUUCAUUGAGGGAACUCGGCUUAUGUAACACCUGGACAAGUGGGUCGACUUAUACAGCUUUUAACUGUCACUUAUUUGCACGCACAGGCUUUAACUGUUAGCGUCUGCCACUUUGGUUUCGUGCCAACAAAACCAGGAGCCAGCACUGGUCAUUUUGUGACGAAUUAUAUACUAAAUAUCAUUGACAAGUGAGCCAUCUCAGCCAUUGGUGAAAAUAAUCUUCACAAAUGUGUUGCAGUUGCUACUUCUCCAUCCAUGUCUGCCUUUUUCUUUUGUGUGAAGGAAAGUGCACCUUGGGUCCUAAAGCUGACACGUCAGAUAGCCGAGUCACAAGAACAUCCCUCCCUGGAUUUGGGAACCUCACCCAGGGAUACAACAAAUAUCUCAGGCCAAAAUUUGGUGGAGAGCCUGUGGUGAUAGCCAUGAGCCUUGACGUUGCCACCAUUUCCAGCAUUUCUGAGGGUGAUAUGGACUACACGGCGACAAUAUAUUUGCGACAACGCUGGACAGAUCCUCGCCUGGUUUUUCAGGGGAACCAAAGUUUCACCCUGGAUGCUCGGCUGGUGAAAUACCUGUGGGUUCCUGACACCUAUAUUGUAGAGUCUAAGAAGUCUUUCUUGCAUGAGGUCACAGCAGAGAACCGGCUUAUACGGCUGUUCUCUAACGGCACUGUCUUGUAUGCCUUGCGAAUCACUACCACAGUUGCAUGUAACAUGGACCUGUCAAAAUAUCCCCUGGAUACGCAGACAUGUAAACUGCAGAUGGAAAGCUGGGGAUAUGAUGAAAACGAUGUACUGUACACUUGGUUGAGGGGAAACGAUUCGGUCCACGGCCUUGAGAACCUGCGACUUUCUCAGUACACAGUGGAGCAUUAUUACAGCCUUGUAACAAUGUCUCACCAGGAAACAGGCAAUUACCCAAGACUAGUGUUGCAGUUUGAACUCAAGAGAAAUAUCCUGUAUUUCAUUCUGGAGACGUAUGUCCCAUCCACCCUCCUUGUCAUAUUGUCUUGGGUUUCUUUCUGGAUCACUCUGGAUUCCGUUCCAGCAAGAACAUGUAUUGGAGUAACAACUGUGCUGUCCAUGACAACUCUGAUGAUGGGCUCACGAAACGCUGUGACGAAGACCAACGGUUUCAUAAAAGCCAUUGAUGUGUACCUGGGCAUCUGUUUCACCUUCAUAUUUGGUGCCUUGGUAGAAUAUGCAGUAGCUCACUAUAUCGCAUCACAAAAGGCUUCUACAAAUGAGGUUACCAGAGAAACGGAAGAUGUCCCCAAUAUCUUUUCCACAUCUGUCACCAGCUACAAUCAAAAGAUAAACUUCAGUGCCAUCGAUAAUCUCGCCUACAGUGGUUCGACCAUGAAACCAAAGGACAAAAUUCGGUUUCUUUUGAGGAACAAAACACGCAGGGUUGUCAGCUAUUUCACAAUUCAAAAUCCAAGCAACAUCGAACACUACUCAAGAUUGCUCUUCCCUCUGUGUUUUUUGGUAGUCAAUUUGUUUUAUUGGGUUUAUUACUUAUUCUUUUAGCAAUAAUACGACCAUUUUGGCGUGUGGUGGUGAAAAACGUCUUGCCUAUGUUGGCUCCCAGUCACUGCGAAUUGUUAUGGGUGUGACUAAGGACACAUAUCAAGAAUGUGGCCCAAACCCAACAUUGAUUGUAUCAAAAGCCAAAUCUUGUACAGAGCAGCACAUGAAUAUGACUGUGGAGCUAAAGCAAGUGGAAUCCAAAAAGGACAAGCCUAUUCUUGAAGCCAUUGCUAAGAUGAAUAGGCCUUGUGCUUCGAGGUUGUGCAGCUGUUUUACACUGUCAACAUAGCUAAGCCCUACCAAAGAGGUUUUUCCGCUAGUUGUUUUCAGUCACUUGGGUGCAGGAUGCUGCCUACCUGAGAAUUGCUUCCUGCUGAUCUCAGGUAAGGUAAUCACCUUUUAAAAAAUACAUCCCACAUCUAUUCAAAAUGAAAGCUAUUUUGAGGUAAAUAGGAAUUUUAUACAUCUCCGAAAAUGGAAAGUAAAAAAAAGUGGGUUUGGGGGAAGACUGACUAUGUUGGUUUGAAAAAUUAGUGAGAUGCCUAUGGCUCACACAGUGCUAACUGAAGACAUUUUGCCACCUGAGGUGAAGGACAAAAUGGCACCCUCAUCCCCAUUGCAUGUAUAGAAGCUAACUGGGCAACUGAAUCUUACUUCAACACUAGAAUUGAGACAGCAUCUUCUGCUACAGCAAAGGCAGUCAACAAGUUCUGUCCUUCAACAGGGAAAUAUCUCUUUCUUCCUUUUUUGCCUUAUGUUGAAACUCUGCUUUGGGGAAAGUCUUGAAAGGAGACAGAAACAGGGCUAACAAACUAAUCAGGGUUCAUGCAACCAGCUAUUCUGUGAAUUACUUAAAAAAUAAAUAGCAGGCAUGGGGUACUCAAUCUAGAUUGGGGCUCUGGUGUUGAGAAAGGGGCCUUGCCUCAUUUUACAGUCCCAAACUAGCUCAGUCCUCCCCAUGCCUGGUACUUGCAUUGAAAGAAAAAAAAUCUCAUUUGCCCCAAUGGAAGCACUUUUUUACAAUGAAAAUAGCAGGGGUGGGGGGGUCAUUUUUCUUCCUUUAAAAAAGGUCAUGAAUCAGAUCAGAGGGGGCUGCUAUUACUUUUUAAAGUUAUUGACAUAAUUGUUAAGCGUACAAAUAGACUCUCAUCUAGUUAUGGCCCUCCAUGAUGAUGAAUUCCAAUAAAUGGCCUCAGAACAUCUCUUAUGAAGACAUACCAUUUUGACCCAGUAAGGUCAUCGUUGGAGUUCUGCUGACACUCCAUAAUGGCAUUUUAAAAAGGUAAAGGGGCCCCUGACCAUCAGGUCCAGUCGUGUCUGACUCUGGGGUUGCGGCGCUCAUCUCGCUCUAUAGGCCGAGGGAGCCGGCGUUUGUCCACAGACAGCUUCCGGGUCAUGUGGAUAGCAUGACAAAGCUGCUUCUGGCGAACCAGAGCAGCGCACAGAAAUGCCAUUUACCUCCCCGCCGGGGCAGUCCCUAUUUAUCUACUUGCACUUUGAUGUGCUUUCGAACUGCUAGGUGGGCAGGAGCUGGGACCGAGCCACGGGAGCUCACCCCGUUGCAGGGAUUCGAACCGCCGACCUUCUGAUUAGCAAGCCCUAGACUUUGUGGUUUAACCCACAGCUCCACCUGGGUCCCUAUAAUGGCAUUUAUAAAACUCAAAACUCUGUGCUACAUUUAUCGUUCGCACAAUGUAGGCAUGUCAGUUGGGUCAAGGAUUUUUAUUUUUAUUUUUACCAGUUAACCUUGUGUCUAACCAAUUAGGAUUCAAUCAAUAAUAUCAAAAUAAACAGUAUGUGCAGUAGACCCCAAGUAAAUAACAACACAUCCUCUCAAGGUAAAAGAAUGGAAUGCAUUACCUGAGGUCAAAGGUUUACAUAGAUCCACAGAUAGAACUCUGUUGCCCACAAGGGCUUCCCCAUUCAUUUAGUGGAGACGACAGUUUGCAUCGUUGGGUUUUGGCUGAUGCAGGCUGGUGUUGGUUACAUAUGCUGAAUGGCAAGUUCAUCUCAGAGGCGCUUACCAUGUGAUUGAUUGUAGUCCUUCAGGUCUCUUGCUCUAUGAUGGGAGCACAACAUAUGAAACAUUAUGGAUUUUUCUUUAAUAACUUUUUAUUGAACCAUUUCCCCGCAGUGUAUUGUGAAGGAUCAAAACCACAUAUUCAUAAAUCAUAACAUUUGAUCAAGUAUUAUAUUUCAGGGAGAAGCAAAACAAAACGGAAACACCCCAGCAGAGAAGAACAAUGGAAAGAGUGAAAUUCUAGUAAUGAAAUGUAGGCCUGUACUUUUUGACAUUUUAAAAUAUCCUCUAUAAACUGUAAUAAAGUUAAUGGUGUGGUUUAAAAUUAAAUUUUUAAAAAGCUACAAAAAUGAUAUUUGCUCUUUAUAUACAGUGAUACCUCGGUUUACAAACACAAUUGGUUCCGGAAGUCUUUACUUAAACUGAAGCGUACUUAACCUGAAGCGAACUUUCCCAUUGAAAGUAAUGGAAAGUGGAUUAAUCUGUUCCAGACGGGUCCACGGAGUACUCAACCUGAAGCGUACUUAACCCGAAGUAUGAGUGUAAUUGGUUCCGGAAGUCCGCACUUAACCUGAAGCGUACUUAACCUGAAGCAAACUUUCCCAUUGAAAGUAAUGGAAAGUGGAUUAAUCCGUUCCAGACAGGUCCGCGGAGUACUUAAACUGAAAGUACUCAAACCGAGGUGUACUUAAACCGAGGUAUGACUAUAAUUUAUUUUAAGCCAAAAUAAAAUGCCUCUUUUCCCCCAAAGUAAAUCUCUUUGUAUGUUCAAACUCUUGGCUUAUUGUUACUGUCAAGAGUAGCCUUUCCCAACCUAGCUGCUCUCCGGAUGUUGGUAAACUCCAAAGUCCAUCAGCCUCAGCCAGUUUUGCUCAGUGUAAGGCAGCUUCCUACGAUGAGGGACCUAACUAAGGUCAGAUGAGACUGGCGAGAAUAUGAGGUCUUGCUGAAACAACAUUGGUGCAAAAAGGGAGCACUCUGCUCAAGACAGAAGAAGAA